AUGGGCGGGACGGGGGAACCCGAUGUCGGGCGCGAUGUCGGCGGCGGAUCGAAGCGGUCGCCGCUUCUGGAGUUCAUGCGCCGCGAUCUCCGGGAUAACGCCCCGAGGAGGUCCGGCGCCACCGCCGCGCCCGCGAAGGGCGCCGACGACGACGAGGAAAAUGAGAACGAUGGCGUCGCGUCGUCCGCGCGCGCGAAGCCGCCUCCGUCGCUCGCGCGCGCGGCGUCCACGGCCGCGGCGCUGCGAAGGUGGCGGCGCGACGUGGUCCCAGCUUCGGCGCGGGGAGAGCGGAGCGUGCUGACGACGGACACGGACGAGGGAGUCGCGAACGACGACGACGCGUCCGACGGGGGAUCGGGCGCCGAGUCGUCCCUCGACGGCUUUGCCGCGUACGCCUCCGACGACUCGGACGUCGAGAACGCGCCGGCGACCUCCGCGCGCGCGACGCACCGCCCCAAGACAAACGACGACCGCGCACGCGCCCCCGUCACGAACGACGACGACGCGCGGCACCGCGUCGCCAGGCGCGGGGCGACCGCCAAGGAACGCGCGGCCGAGGAGGAACGAACCCGCGCGCUCGCCGAGGAGGCGGAGGCGGCGCGGGUCGUGGAGUUGGGCAAACGCGCGGAACGGGACGCCAAACGCGCGGUCACGGAGCGCGUCGAGCUGCUCCGCCGCGCCGCCAGGACGCACGGGAUGAUCGCGAGGUACAGGGAAGAGCGGGCGACCGUCGCGGCGCGGGCGGCGGAGGAGGCGCGAGUAGAGGUGGACGAGCGGUGGCGACUCGAGCGUAACGCGAUGGAAGAUACCUCGAGCGCUUCGUCGUUCGAGCGAAAGACGCCGCUGCCGUCCGCGCACGAGGCGCGGCUGCACCUGGCGUACGUUCGGGAGGAGCGGAGCAGGGCGGGCGACGGCGGGUGCGUCCUCUGCGACCGGGGCGAGUUACACUCGGCGCUCGAGUGUUCGCUGUGCGAGGCGCCGGCGCAUAACCCGGACGCCGCGGACGGGCGCCCGGACGGCGGGUCGUCGAUCGAUGCGGGGGAUGAACGGGGCGGCGAUCCCGCGUCCGUCGCCGCGGGCGAGCUGCUUGCCGCGAGCGGGCAGGCGGAGGUUGACCGGUGGCGGGAGCUGACGACCGUUCGAGCGAGGGCGUCGACGACGGAGCUACGGCUGACGCGCAAGGGCCUCGUCUCGUUUUCCGAAGCCUUCUUAGGGGGUUUCCACGGCCUGACGUCGCUGUGGCUGGCGAGGAACAGGCUGAGCGUCCUGCCGGACCUGGGGCGGCUCACGCCGCUGCUGGAGAGGCUCGAGGUGAGUGCCCGCGAGACCAAAAAAUCGUGCGUUUCUUCUCGGUUGCACUGGUGGUUUUUCCCGGAAGCGCCGGUUUGGCGCUGGGAGGGCGCGCGCGCGACGGUGGGGUCGCCCCGCGCGUCUCGGUCGAUGCGCGCGCGUGAUUCGCGUCGGGGAGAGGUCCUGACGUCUUCCCGAGGGGUUUCGCGCGCGCUCGCGUCGUGGCCGGCGCCCGGGUGA